AUGUCUUCGUCCGUGCAAGUUCCACCAGUUGUGGAUGGUGCCAUCAAAACUGAGGCAUUAACCUAUUAUACAUUCAAGGAUCCAUUAAAAGUGGCAACUAUGGACUUGAAGCUUGAUCCUGCUGCGGCAAAGAGUGGCGAUAUUGUUACUCCAAAGCAGGUUUUGGUCCAGACAAAGGCCGCUUCGAUAAACCCGGUUGAUCUUUGCUUGAAGGGUCUUUCAUCAAGAUUUUACAAGGCAUCUGUCCAGAAGGUGAUGGGUGGCGAUUUUGCAGGACUUGUGGUUAAGGCAGGAGCUGAGUCUGGAUUCAAGGCUGGUGAUCGUGUCUAUGGUGACAUCAUAAAGCCAUUUAGCUCGACAGGUGCAUUCUCACAAUAUCUCUUGUUUGAACCUGCAAGCAUUAUGUUCUGCAACAAGAUUCCUGAGGGAAUGACUUAUGAGGAGGCUUCUUCCCUUUGCAUUGCAUCAGGAACAGCUUUCGAGGCUUUGAAGACCCAUAAAAAGUCUCUUAAAGGAGGAAAUGUCUUGGUUUUGGGUGGCGGAACGUCUGUCGGUUCUCACACCAUCCAGUUUGCAAAAUACUUCUUUGGUGCCAAGCAUGUUGCUGCCACAUGUUCGGCAAAGUCUACUGAGAGGGUUAAGAAGUUCGGCGCUGACAAGUUGAUUGACUACAAGAAGGGUAAGACAAGUGAGAUCAACGAGAUUCUUGAAAGUGUCAAGGAGUAUGGAAAGUUCGAUAUUGUUGUGGACUCUGUGAGGGACCCAAUUUUGUACGGAUACUUGGACAGUACUUUGAAGACUAAGGAAGAGGGUGGAAUUUUCACCCAGAUUCAGGGUUCCAAGUCUGUUAACUACUCUAAGAUUAUCGUGUCGGACUUCCUUCCUCAAUGGCAAUACAUUGUUGAAUAUAUCAAGGAGAAGAUUGGCCUCUCUAAAUUCCAGUUCUUCAGUCUUUUGGAGACCCCUGAUAAAGAGUAUGGUCCAGCAGUUGAGAAGCUUUGGAAAGAAAACAAGUUUGUUGUGACUUUGGACUCGGUCCACGAUUACAAGACCGAUUACGAGACUGCAAUAAAUAAAGUUGCCUCAGCUUCUUCCCAGGGUAAGGUUGUUCUUAAGUUCUAA